GCUAUAUAUAUUUGUCCUGUUUCUUGAACGAAAGGGUCAUAUUUUGCAAUAUCCCAAAAUAAAUUCAAUCUCUGACGAGAGACAGGCUCUCCUCCAUUUUGCGACUUUUACUAAGACUACACCAGAGACGUUUUAACUAACCCAAGAUAGACCACAUCCUGUCCUUUGCAAUGGAAACAAAUGCAUCCUAGUGGGCAGAGCCAAGUACAAGCUAGCGAUAUCUGUCUCAUUGUUCAAUCUGUGACUAGUCUUAUUCAGUAGCCGGGCAAGACUCCGUGAAAACGACGUAAAGAUAUACGUUACGAUGUAAACCGGGCAUCAGGUGUUGUUGGAAGAUCACCAUUUAAAAUGCAGAACUUAAGUGCGCAUUUUGAAACAUAACCCUUGAUUCUAGCUACGGCAGCCAUGUAGCAACUAUGUUACCACAUUGGAAGUUAUGUUUCUCCUGGAACAUGGGAUCUAAUGGAACCGUGGAAUGCUGCAGGUAGCAGCAGUGUUUGUAGAUGGUCUACAGUUGGAGACUUUAAUUGGCUUUUCCUUGGCCAGAGAUACUUGGACAAUAUCAAACGUGGAUAUCCAUUUUUGUACACAUUUUGCUGGAGGAUAAAGCUAUGAAAAGCAACCAUAAAAGCUUUGUACGCAAAGCAUUGUAUUUUUGCUGUUCCGGUCUGGUUGCUUUGACAUCAGUUUUCACUACACUAGUUCGCCUUUAGCCACCACAACUCUUUCACACAGCCAACCUGGAAAUUAACAGUUGUAUGAAGGCGUUGCCAAACCCUAACAUUGCAAACAGCUCAGAUUAAAUAUCCCCUUUUACAUAAGGUUUGUUAAAUUAUUAUUGAGACCUGAAUCUUUUUUCUACUUUUUCUUUUUACUCAACACUACAAUACUCAUCUUUACCAAUGCCUCGAUGGAAAGCUCUGGUGAGCCAGCAUUUACGGUGGUCCAGCCCUGUUGCCCAAGGACUAGUUUUGUGUAUCAUAACGUUUGGCAUCGUACUGCCGUUGUGCUGCCACAGGCUACUCUAUUCCUACUACUACAUUAAAUCGAUGUACUUGAAUGACAUGAGCGAUCAGUUUCUAGCGGAGAGCUACGAGAGAGGGCAGGAGGCUUUGGAAUUCUGGGAAGCAUCACGGUCUACCACUGGGUCGGCUGGCUUUUCCAACAUUGUCAAGGGAUCCGAGCUGUUGAUCACUGUGGUAACGGCCAGGCGAACGGAGGGCAAGGAAUUUCACUACCUGCUUCAAGUGAUGCAGCGGCUGGUUUCCCUCCUGAGAGGAUGCGGCGAGGGGCGGCGUUGCGCAGAAGUGCUGGUGUGUGAUGUGGAAAGCGGUCCCCUGGACAACGAGGAUGCAGCGCUACUGGAGAGCCAGUUCUUGGUGGUGCGGAGGUCCCUGGAGGAGCAGUGGAAGAACCAGGCUCACGUCAACACCUUUGAGAGGGAGAAGAGGGACUACGUCUACUGUCUGCGCAAAGGAUGGGAGCUGGCAAGCCCCAAAAACUUGAUGGUCCUUGAGGACGACGCAUUACCCAGGGCGGACUUCUUUGCCGUGAUCCAAGAUUUGCUCUCGCGGCGCUUCGCCCUCCACACCCUCUACGUCAAGCUCUACCACCCGGAGAGGCUGCAGCGCUACUGGAACCCUGAACCCUACCGCAUCCUGGAAUGGGUGGGACUUGGACUAGUCGGGGCUACCGCACUCCUCCUAAUCCUUAGUCACGGUACACCUUUCUCUUUCUCCCUCUCCACCACCCACCUCCUCUUCCUCACUUUGUACAUCAUGGUCGCCGUAGAGCUGGCCGGUCGGCAUUACCUACUCGAGGUACGGCGCUUCUCGCCGCAGCUCUACGCCGUGUCCCCGGCGACCGAGUGCUGCACACCUGCCAUGCUGUUUCCGGGUAACUCAUCCCUCAGGGCGGCGGAGUACCUGGAUGGAUCAUUCUGCGUCAAGGGCAAUGCUAAGGACAUGGUUCUGUAUCAGAUGGCUCGGACUAUAACCGGAGAGAGAGCGCACAGCAUAGAGCCCAACCUGGUCUCCCACAUCGGGGCUUUCUCCUCAGUCAGGGCCAACCCAUCCAGACCUAGACUUCUUUGAGGAACAACUGAAAAGAGAUUUGAGGCUGCGUCCCAGAUUGCACUGUAUUCCCUAUAUAGUGCACUAUUAGGGCCAAUAGAGCUCUGGUCAAAAGUAAUGCAUGUAGGGAAUAGGGUGCCAUUUAAUCAGGGUUGGAGACUAUUCCAUUUCACCUCAGGAAGUAAACUGAAUUGAAAUGGAAUUUACUCCAAUCCUUUGAUAAAUAUGACUGAAUAUCACAAUAUAGGGUUACCUAACGCUCCAUAGGGAUACAUAGCACUAUGUUAGCAUCCCUGACAUAUACCCAAAUCCAACCAAUGGUGCCUGUAAUGAUAGUCCUUGAUGGAUAUUGAAGGUCUCUCUCCAGCCUACUGUAAGAUUUUAUACCCAUGUAAAUUGAUCUAUUUAACCCAUGUAGGCAAGAUCUAUUUCUCUUAUGCAAUAUUUGGGUACACUCCACACACAUUGGGUACACUUUGGAAUACAGUAUGUUCUAUGUUGGCAUAACCAUGUACUGCAUAUCCCCUGAAGGUUCAAAGGAGAUGUAUCAUUUAAAAUACCAAAACGUGUUGCUGUAGUUGUUGAACUAAGGCUAAUGAUAGUCAAAGGAUUAACAACUUUAAUAGGUUAACUAUUUAAUAGGUUAACCAUUUAACUAUUGGAUAAUGGCAAUAUUGCUGGACUGUGACACUGAAUGUCUGACACUUUGAAUGUCUGAAAGAAAAACAAUUAAAUAUAUUAACAUAUACUCUUUAAACCUUAGUGUUUAUUUAGUGAUUUGAUGCUGUGUGCUUUCAUCAUACAUGCUGUACACUGAGUGUACAAAAUGUUAGGAACAGGUGCUCUUUCUAUGACAUAGACUGACCAGGUUAAUCCAGGUGAACGCAGCUGUGUUUUUCACGCUCCAGUUUCCCGUUUGUAUCAGGAAUGAUUCACCAUCCAAAGGACAUCCUGACAACUGUGGGAAGCAUUGGAGUCAACAUGGCCAGCAUCCCUGUAGAAUGCUUUCAACACCUUGUAGAUUCCAGUCCCUGAUGAAUUGAGGCUGUUAUGAGGGCAAAAGGGGGUGCAACUCAAUAUUAUGGUGUUCCUACUGUUUUGUACACUCAUGUUGACCUUAGACACUGUAUAACUGGCAUCCAUGUGUGUUUUAUCACUCUCUGUGUUUUGAAUACUACACUGUGUACACUUAACACUUCUAAUAAAAUAUACAUAUCAUGUAA